UCAUUCCCACUCCCCCCCCCCCCCUGUUUCUAUUAAUUCAAUCCCCUCAAAUCGAUCAUUUCUUUGCUGGGAUCGAAUUCGAAUUGCAAACAUUCUCCGUUUGUUUUUUUUGAUGGAGAAGCAUGAAGGCGGCGUUUGCUCGGCGGAGUCUGUGGCCGAUGGGAGCCUCGACGUUUGGAGUUGCAAGAACUCCGAUUCCUCUUCCGCCGAUCACCUCGUCGUUAUGGUCCAUGGGAUCUUGGGAAGUACGGACGAUUGGAAGUUUGGAGCUGAGCAAUUCGUUAAAAGGCUACCUGACAAAGUCUUCGUUCACUGUAGUGAGAAAAAUGCAUCUGCCCUUACUCUAGAUGGUGUGGAUGUAAUGGGUGAGCGUCUUGCAUCUGAGGUCCUUGAAAUUAUUCAAUCGAGGCCAAACAUCCGUAAAAUCUCCUUUGUUUCGCAUUCUUUGGGAGGGCUUGCCGCAAGAUAUGCAAUUGGGAAGCUUUACAAGCCACCUACUCAGCAGCAAGAUUCUAAUGACUCUUCUGGGGGGGACUGUAGUGAAGGGUCUUCCCAAGGCACAAUUUGUGGCUUAGAGCCUGUCAACUUCAUCACUGUUGCUACACCCCAUUUGGGUUCUAUGGGUAACAGACAGGUUCCGUUUCUCUUUGGUGUUUCUUCCUUUGAGAAAGUUGCAGGUCUCGUUAUCCACUGGAUAUUUAAAAGAACGGGACGUCACCUUUUCUUGAAAGAUGAAGAAGACGGAAAACCGCCCUUGCUUCGACGCAUGGUGGAAGACACCGGUGAUUGUCAUUUCAUAUCUGCACUGCGUGCCUUCAAAAGGCGGGUGGUUUAUUCAAAUGUGGGCAAUGAUCACAUCGUUGGCUGGAGGACGGCUUCUAUUAGACGUGACUCUGAAUUGCCUAAGUGGGAAAAUUCUCUGGACGAGAAGUAUCCACAUAUUGUUUACGAAGAACUCUGCAAGUCAUGCGAUGCUGAGGACGUACCAGAUGGCGAAAAUCAUUCAAACGACAUUGAAGAAGAAAUGAUCAAAGGACUCUCCAUUGUCUCAUGGGAAAAAGUUGAUGUUAGCUUUCACAGUAGUAGGCAGAGAUUCGCUGCUCAUAGUGUUAUACAGGUUAAAAGCGAAACUAUGCAUAUAGAAGGAGCAGAUGUCAUAGAGCAUAUCAUCGAUCAUUUCCAUGCCUAAAUCAGUAUAAUUUUCAUCCCCCACAACAACUAAGGACUGAUUGGCGUCAGUUAUGGCCAGUUCACGUGAUACACUGAAAGGAAAUUUUGUUCAGUUCAAUUGUAUCAUGUACUCAUGGAUGUGAUGCCCUGAAAGUAUAAAGUAGCAUAAACGGAAGUUUUGUGCCUAUAUAUUCGUUCUACACUUAAAAAGAACACUUGAUAAUCAACGUCUUAACUCUGAUCUUCAUUA